GCGGAUCGGCGCGGCGGGCGGCGGAGCCGUGAGUGCGAGCGAGCGGGCUCGGGGGCGCGUGUGCGCCCCUUGCGCGGUUCCGGGGGACCAGCUAGAGCAGCUCCGUCCACUGCGAGCGCAGCGCGGGCCCGGGUGGCGCCUUACCGUUUCUGGAAACCUUACAGAAACAUGAAGCCCUCCACCAUCUGGAACUGAGAAACCCAUUCGAGGCUGACUGCGGCUUCUAGAACGUCCAGGUGUUCUGCAGAUGUGAGAAUUUGUCCUGCUCUCACCAGCUGGAGUCCCGAACAGAAGUAAAGCUUGUGCUGUGGCCCUACCAUCCCUGGGCACAGAGGGGUCAUUUUUUUUAAGUGGCCAAAAAGCCAUCACUGAUGUGGAUGUCUGCCGCACGUGGCUGGUCCCAGACGGCUCUCGGGGCUGUAGGAGGCAAUCCAAAUUCGGGGCGGCAAAUUCCCUGACUCUCUUGAAUUAGCAAGCCAGGCAGGGGGCCUCAUUCCACAGCCCCAGCAUCCGUAUAGGUGCCACCACCAACACGACCACCACCACCAGUGUCUCCUUGCACGGACAGUCCCUGCACUGAAAGUGAGCAGAAGCAAGCGCUUGGAAAAAUCUUUAGCUGCGGCCCACAGACAGUCUUGCCCUCCCCUCCUCACCAUGGGCUGGCUUUUUCUAAAGGUCCUCUUCAUGGGGGCGACUUUCUUGGGAGGUCUUUAUCCUCUUGUGGAUUUUUGCUGCAGCGGGGACACAAGAGGCCAGAAGCCGAACUUCGUGAUCAUUCUGGCAGAUGACAUGGGGUGGGGUGACCUGGGAGCGAACUGGGCAGAAACGAAGGACACUGCUAACCUUGAUGAGAUGGCCGCGGAAGGAAUGAGGUUUGUGGAUUUCCACGCGGCUGCCUCCACCUGCUCACCCUCCAGGGCCUCCCUGCUGACCGGACGGCUUGGCCUUCGCAAUGGAGUCACACACAACUUUGGGGUCACUUCCGUGGGGGGGCUUCCGCUCAAUGAGACCACCUUGGCUGAGGUGCUGCGGCAGGCUGGCUACGUCACUGGAAUGAUAGGCAAAUGGCACCUUGGACACAAUGGAUCUUACCACCCCAAUUUCCGCGGCUUUGAUUACUACUUUGGAAUACCAUACAGCCAUGAUAUGGGCUGUACCGAUACCCCCGGCUACAACCACCCUCCUUGUCCUGCAUGUCCACGGGGGGACACACCGUCAAGGAACCUCAAGAGGCACUGUUACACGGAUGUGGCCCUUCCUCUGUAUGAAAACCUCAGCAUCGUGGAGCAGCCGGUGAACCUGACCCGCCUCGCACAGAAAUAUGCUGAGAAAGCUACCCAGUUCAUCCAUCGUGCGAGUGCCAGUGGAAGGCCCUUCUUUCUGUACGUGGGCCUGGCCCACAUGCACGUACCCUUGUCCGGGACCUGGCACUGCGCAGACCCCCGGGGCCGAGGGCCGUAUCGUGCAGGCCUCCGAGAGAUGGACAGCCUGGUGGGCCAGAUCAAGGACAAAGUGGACCACACGGCGAGAGAAAACACGUUAAUCUGGUUUGCAGGAGACAACGGCCCGUGGGCUCAGAAGUGUGAGCUGGCAGGGAGUGUGGGACCCUUCACUGGAUCGUGGCAGACUCGUCAAGGGGGAAGUGCAGCCAAGCAGACCACCUGGGAAGGCGGGCACCGGGUCCCGGCCCUGGCGUACUGGCCCGGCACAGUUCCUCUCAAUGUCACCAGCACUGCUUUGUUAAGCGUGCUCGACCUCUUCCCCACGGUGGUAGCCCUGGCCGGGGCCAGCUUUCCCCGAGACCGGCACUUUGACGGUUUGGAUGUCUCUGCCGUGCUCUUUGGCAGGUCGCAGACGGGGCACCGGGUGCUGUUUCACCCCAACAGCGGGGCGGCUGGGGAGUACGGAGCCCUUCAGACGGUCCGCCUGGGGCGACACAAGGCCUUCUACAUCACUGGCGGAGCCCAAGCCUGUGACGGGAAGGUGGGGCCGGCGUGGCGUCACGAGCCCCCCCUCAUUUUUAACCUAGAAGAGGACGCCGCAGAGGCCGAGCCCCUGGGAGGAGGCGGUGCCGAGUACCAGCGCGUGCUGCCCAAGGUCAGGGAGGUUCUGGCGGAGGUUCUUCUGGACAUCGCCGCCGACAAGACGUCCAGGGCGGAUUACACGCAGGACCCUUUGGUGACUCCCUGCUGCGAUCCCCACCAGAGGGCCUGCCGCUGCCCAGCCACCUGACAGGCCCGGGUUCCCGCGAGCAGGGGCUUGUGGGAGAUGACACAGGCAGGCUCAGGUCCCCCGUCUUUACCCGCUUUACACUUAGGCUUUAAAACUAAGGCCCAGAGGAGCACCUGGGCGGCUCAGUCGGCUAAGCGUCUGGCUUCGGCUCAGGUCAUGAUCUCACGGU